GUGUUUGAGAGAUGCUGAUGGGAGUUGAGCGAUCUAGAUGUUGCUGGAAAGUAAGAGCAUCAGCAGAGGCAGAGCGCAGAGAGGCUGAAGCGACCCCCGGACGAGCCAGGAGCCACACAGAGCCAGCCAGCUGCUAAGAGACAAGGGGGGAAACGGGGCGGGGGUCUCGUCUGCCUUUCUCCGAACUGCCAUCUUUGCAAGCAGAGAAGCGUCAUCCAGCAAGAAAACAUGACGCAGGGAAAGCUCUCUGUGAAUAACAAGCCUGCAAACCCUGAAGGGCAGCAGGGAGAUGCAGAAAAAAAGGACAACACCACCGUCCCAUCAGCACCUCCAACCUAUGAAGAGGCGACUUCAGCUGAAGGGAUGAAAACAGGGGCGUUCCCUUCCCCUCUGAAUGUCCCUCUCCAUCCCACCUGGGCAUAUGUGGAUCCCAGUACCAGCCCUAACUAUGGCAGUGGCUAUUCAGGGGACACCGAGACGCUCACGACAUUCAGCUGGGAUGACCGCAAUGUGCGCAGGGUGUUCAUCCGGAAGGUUUACAGCAUCCUGUUGCUUCAACUGCUUGUCACCGUUGGCAUCGUGGCUCUCUUCACCUUCUGUCAGCCGAUCAAAGGAUAUGUGCAAGCAAAUCCAGCCUGGUACUGGGCUUCCUAUGCCGUUUUCUUUAUUACCUACUUGAUCCUGGCCUGCUGCUCCGGCCCCAGGAGGUACUUCCCAUGGAACCUGAUCCUCCUCAGCAUCUUUACUCUUUCCAUGGCCUAUCUGACCGGGAUGCUCUCUAGCUACUACAACACCAAGUCAGUCCUUCUCUGCCUGGGGAUCACUGCCCUGGUGUGUCUCUCUGUCACCAUAUUCAGUUUCCAGACCAAGUAUGACUUCACCUCGUGCCAGGGCGUGCUCUUUGUGAUGCUGAUGGUGCUGUUCUUCAGUGGAAUCAUCCUGGCCAUCAUGCUUCCGUUCAAAUACGUGCCGUGGCUCCAGGCCAUUUAUGCUGUGCUGGGUGCAAUCGUAUUUACUAUGUUCCUGGCCUUCGACACGCAGCUGCUGAUGGGGAAUCGCCGCUACGCCAUGAGUCCAGAAGAAUACAUCUUCGGCGCCCUCAACAUUUACCUGGACAUCAUCUACAUAUUCUCGUUUUUCCUGCAGAUCUUUGGGUCCAGCAGAGAGUGAGCCUGGCAACACGUCUAGGUCCUGUGUCUGAUAAAACAAACAGAAUUUAUCUGUAAUUGUGCAACAGCAGCAACAUCGAAGGGAGAGAGGGAAACUUCUUCACCUCUCUGGCCCGUUAGCAAGCUCCAUUCCAUCAGAGGGCUCUGACCUGCCCCUUGGCUCUCUUGAGUUCCUUCCACAGCCUGUACAUAUAUACGCUGUCAAACCUUUUGUGACUUGGAAAACAGAACGGGGUAUACCUGCCAGGCCUUCCUUCGUUUCCACAAGGGCCUUCAAUUUGUAAAGUGAACCUGUAGUAGUGGUAGUAGAAACAACAUUGGGAGAGGGGGGAAAAAUCCACUUUUUGGGGAUCCCACUGCUGCAGUCAGACAAGAGGUGGAACAAAUGUGGAAGGUGGAGAAUUAAGCAGAAUUCCAAAUUAGUCCAAUCCAUGUUGUCACGAAGGGAGCAAUUUGUGAACAUCCACAGAAUGAAUCUUGAUAUAAUAUUUUGUUUGAUAUUUAUGUGAAUUGCUGUAAACCUCAGCAUCCAAGUUUGCGCUUGAUUCAAGCUUAGUCCGCUUUUGAACUUCGACCUGUCUUCUUUCUCAGAGCAGUUUAGGGAAAGUUCCCAGGCAGUCUUCCCACCCAAGCAGCUUACACAGUCCAACCUGCUUAGCCACAGUGGUCCUUCUGUCUUACGCUUAUGCUUACUGGGCAGCCUGAGCAUACAAAGUGACACAAUUUUGCGAGGCUAUGUGUUUCACGUUUGCCUGUUUAAAUUGAAGUACAUCUGCUGGAUGUUGGUUCUUUGGACAUGGUUGCUUCAGCUUUGAUGGUAGCAGAGGAAGAUCAGAAGGGAGAGGUGAAAUCUUCCGUGAUGCCGCACAGGGCUGCAGCAGUGAGUUCAUCCCAGCCACGAAGCAGAGAAUGCUAUUGCUUGUCCACCACUCUGUCCCUAGACCUGAGAUCAUUUCUUUUGCCUUCAUUUAGACCUAAGUACAUUAUUGUGGUUGUUUCUACUAUAGAGUAAGUACCAACCCUGAGAAGGAUCAGGACCCUAGCUUUGGGGAUAAGGGGAAAUUAACAUGUCCCUCCCCAAACUGUGUUCCCAGUGACAAAAUAAUAGAAUAGCAGGUCUGUGAUGCCCCUAGUUGACAAAGACGUAGUGGAUGUGGCACGAGCGGAGCCGGCUGGUCAGUCCAGAUGGCCCGGGA